GCGAUGUUUCCCAGCCCCAGCACGUCGACUCCCUUCUCUGUAAAGGAUAUAUUAAACUUGGAGCAGAGUCAUGACGUGAUGGUGUCUUCUCUGGAUGUUUCUUCUCGUUUGGACUGCUGCUCAGCGCCACAGACCUCCAUCUCCUCCUCUUCCUCCUCCUCCUCCUCCUGCAUGCUGGCCCGCCUGAAGCUGGAGCCUCUCCGGGACGCGUCCGCCGCCGCCGCCGCCUCAUCCUCACUGUUUGGAGAAGACUUCAACAACCCCAAGGCCGGCAGAGACAGUGCACUCAACUUUGCUUCAAACUUUUACGGCAAAUCCAUCAUGGAAAUGGAUUUGGACAAGGAAGGCAGAGCUGAUAUGUUUGAGGGAAAACGAAGAAAAGAGGAGUUUGGUGCUCAGGCCGAGGCCGCGGAGGACGUGAAGCCCGAGGAUCCGGACCGACCGAAGCCCCGCAGGCGCAGGAAGCCGCGCGUCCUCUUCUCCCAGGCGCAGGUGUACGAGCUGGAGCGCCGCUUCAAGCAGCAGCGGUACCUGUCGGCCCCGGAGCGGGACCACCUGGCCGGGGUGCUCAAGCUCACCCCGACCCAGGUCAAGAUCUGGUUCCAGAACCGGAGGUACAAGUGCAAGCGGCAGAGGCAGGACCAGAGCCUGGAGAUGGUGUCCCUGCCGCCGCCCAGGAGGGUGUCCGUGCCGGUGCUGGUGCGGGACGGGAAGUCGUGUCUGUCGGCCGACGCGGCCGCCUACAACCCCUCCUACGGCAUGGGCCACAUCAACCACUUCGCUUACAACAACUACCCCGCUUUCAGCAGCUACCCCGGCCCCGGCUGCAACACAAACUACGGCUGCAGCUACCCGGCUGCCCAGAUGCAAGGCAUGCAGGGCGUGCAGGGCGUGCAGGGCGCCUCCAGCAGCGGGAACUACGUCAACUUUGGGGUCGGGGACCUGAAUAGCAUGCAGAACACGUUUUCCUCCGGUAACGGGGUGUCCUCGUUACACGGCAUCAGGACAUGGUGAAGGACGGAUUA